AUGUCGUCGCAACAAGAUAUCAUCAAUGCGCUGCUGCAUGCCAUGCGUACACAGAUUGCAACGUUAACCUCGCAACUCGCCAAGCUGCAGACAAACCCUCCUGCGGCAACCCCCUUGGUAGAGAAAAAGUUCAACAAAAAAGUCGAAGUCGUCGCUGACCCUGGUGCCUUCGAAGGAGACAGAGCACAAUUUGCCGAGUGGUGGAUCAAGCUCCAGAUUUGGGUUAAGGCAAAUUGGGACGCAUUUGCCGACAACUUUGAGGUAGCCGCUGCGGUGCUAUCUCGACUAAAAGGACCUGUGGCGGGUCGAUACGCCCAAGUUAGAUUACAGGAGUGCUACACCGCGGGAGUGUGGCCAACCUGUGACGAUCUCAAGAAAGAGAUUGAAAAAUACUUUAAACCACAAGCUGAGCAUGACUGGGCGCGUCAGCAAAUCCGUUCCUUCAAACAAGGAAACAUGAGGACGGAUGACUAUGUUACCCAGUUCCUGGCCCUCUCCAUCCAAGGAGGGCUUGGUAAUGAACAUGCAGUAGAACUGCUGGAGCGCAAUGUGAACCCCUGCAUUGCAGAACAGAUCUACUUGCAGGAUACAAGAAACGAAAACCUGGCCCUGGCGGCUGAGGGAGUACAACGAAUUGGUAGAGCCAUGGAGCUUUACCAAAUGCACCAAGGUGGCGGGUCCACCACCAAAAACAACACAUCCCAGAGGCGCCCUGGGUCAUCAAACCAUCAAAACCAUUCUCACGGGUUCAAGCCGUUUGGGCUGCAACCAGGGCAGGGAGCCCCUAUGGAUAUCGGCGCGAGGGACACAUGUCCCGAGACUGCAGAAAAGGAGCGCAGGCCGCUCAACAAAAAAAAUAACCAAGGGCGCCAGGCACGCCAAUUAGAGUCCGAGAAACCGGACGAUCGGCUCCAGACUCUGGCCGGUCAUUCGUACGACAAAAUCCGGGCCUUCUUCUACGAUCAGCAGGCUGCUGAAAUGAAAGCUCAGGGAAAAGAGUUCUGA